GUCGUCCCCGUUCAGAGCUUUGCGUCCGUAUUUUUGGUCAGAAAAAGAGCAAAAGUGGUCAGGGAUUUUCUUGUGACGUAACCUCUGGAAAGUGAAAGCAAAAUCGCUGUCGGGCUGGUCGGAGGAGGCACACCUGCCUGAGCUUUCCUGUACUGUCCGGUACUGUCCCUGUUCGUUUUCCUUUUCCAUACUGUCAGAUAAAUCCAACACUCGGCAACAUGUCGCUCCAAAACGGGGAUGAAUGCAAAGAUGAACGCCAAGCAAAUGUGGCUGUGCCUUUUUCUCGUGUUUUGCAGCGUCCAGACUCAAUGCUACGGCUGCAACUGGAUUACCAGCCACUACAGGAUUAUCAGCGGCGAGACUCUCACGAUGCUGCGGAAAAUGGGAGAACAGCCUGUGCCAAUAACUGGACUAUUUCCAUACAGGCUUUACAAGGAAAUAGAGACAAGCACGGUUGCAGUCCGAGUGAGGUUUCUGGCUGAAGUUACAGAGCAGAUCGUCAAGCUCUUCGACAUCCCAGAGAAAUGGGACACUCGGAAAUUAGAUGAUUUGCAAAACGUUCUUGCCAACAAGCAGCUGAAAGGACUUAAACGCUGUGCAGCAGCGUACCCAGCCACAGAAAGAAGACCCUCCGCACUCAGGAGACACUUCAGGAAGUUGAAGAGAAUUCUCAAAAAAGCAAACUACAGCCACGACGCUUGGGUGCAAAUCAGGGCCGUGGUGAAGACUCACCUCGAGAGGAUGUACAUGAUCUACAGUGAUCUGAGGCCAAAUUUCUAGGACUAACAAGCCGAAAGCAUAGAAUGCAAAAUGGACUUUGAACAGACACAAAAUGUUCAAUGCUGCGAACAAACAAAGCCUGGGGACCAAAAAAAUGAACAGAUGUGAAAUGCAAAAGUUACAAAAGUGACCAAAAAAAGAAAAAAAAAAUGAUACCAUAAACAUACAUUCAUGUUUUUAUGUUUAUUCCCCUAUUUUAGUUGUGUCAGUCAUUAUUGUCAUUGUUGCUUUUCAUGUCUGCCAUUGCAUUCUGUACGACUGUUUAAGUGACCGGUCAACAAAAGUAUUAUGAUCUUUACAAUCUAAUUUAUUUAUUUAUUUAUUUAUUUAAAAUACAUUUAUUUAAAUAAUUUAAAAUGUAUUUAUUUCAUUUUUUUAUGAUCAGUUUUUAACUUAAGGACUGCUUUGUUAAAUCCUGUGCUUUUCUACAAGUUUGUUGUAAUGGACCUCUGAAUCUUUUGCGACGAGAAAAAGAACAAAAAUGCUUUUAUCAUAUUGAUAAAUGAAUAAAAAUGAACACAAACCAUA